AAGGGGUUAUAGGUAUAAUAUGCCCCUCUACUAUGAUGUUUUAUCAAACAUGCCUUCUACUAUUUUUAUAUCAAACAUGUCCCUGUACUUUGUAAAAAUGAUCAAACAUGCCCUUUUGUUUAAAUUUUCAUCCAGAAACCGUUAACCAAGGUCGAACUUUGGUUUGGGCGGCACAAAUGUCUAAAAUAUUCCUAAUAAUUCCACUUUAGAAUUUUUUUUAGUUUUUUGUAUAGCCAAAUAAUUCGAAUAAUUUCACUUUGAAUAGACCCAGAGAAAUCAAACGGGAGACAAAUUUGACAUUUUCGCUCCCAUUUGCCGAUGUCGGUUCGUCGAAAUCUCGGUUCAACCAUGAUUGACGAUUUUUUCAAUGGAAAUUUUAACAGAAGGGCAUGUUUGAUAAUUUUUUCAAAGUACAGGGGCAUGUUUGAUGUAAAAAAUAAUAGAGGUGCAUGUUUGAUAAAACGUCAUAAUAGAGAGGCAUAUUAUACCUAUAACCCAUCUUUCAAGUAUCACAUUAUAAUAAAACAAACAAAUCUAUAUCACCCUUACCUAGAGAAACCAUUAACAAACCAAACUACCAAUUGCCUGUGAUGGAUAUAAGAUCCUUCAAUUAACUGUCAAUUAAAUAGACACCAAUUAAGCUCCGGUUAAAACUUAAAUAGGGAGAGAACAUGCUUCACUCUCUACCAUAGUUAGUAAAAUACGGUACGGGAAAGUUAUGUAUAAAAUACGUACGGGUAUUUUACUUCAUCUAUAAGCUAAUGUUACGUUUAAUAGUACGUUAAUAGUUAUAAAUAUAUUAAAUUAAUUAUUUUAAAAAUAAUUAAAUAUAUAAAUAAUUGUAAAGUUGACAAGUUAAUUCAUUAAAUACGGAUAUUAUACGCAUUAUACGAAUUUUAUACGUGUUUAGUACGGAAGCCAUCAAAUGAACGAGGGAAAAUGAAACGGCUUGACAAUAAUACGGAUACGAAUGAAUGGGUAUCUUGGACGGGUAUCUUUGUGAGUCAUCAUAAUUAGCACAAAAAAAAAAAGAAAAAAAGAAAAAAAAAGCAUUUGGGCGGUCGUUGGAUGGGUAUCUUGGGCUUAAACCCAAUCCCGAAACUCAUAUUAGUGGAAGCCCCAACCUUCCUUCGGUUCGGCCCUUCCAAAUCGAGAAGAGGAAUUCUUCUCCUCUUUCUUCGACUACUCCGCCACUCUGCAUCUCCUCUGUUAUUCUCGCCGGUAUCGCGCUUCGGUCUUUCCGUCAAAUCAUCUGCUUGCUUCACCUAUCCCUUCUUCUUCUUCUUUUCAUCGGAAAUUCUAAAACCCACUAUCUUCCCAUUCUCCGACAUUCUGCCUGCUUCCAUUUUCCGUUCCCCCAUCUGAUCAAUGGCUUCCUUUUCCAUCCCCUCAGGCCCAGUUGCUUCACCUCCUUCUUCUUCGUUUUCCACGAAACCAAGCUUCUCCCCAUCCUCCUGCCGCCUUCUUUCCAGAUUCUCCUUUCCCGCCUCGUCGUCAGAAUUCCCUAGCAAUGGAUUCUCCGCAGCAAUAUCCAGCAUCAGCUCCAACAACACUCUUCACAAGGUUAGGGUUGAUCUUGCAGCAGCAGCGGCAGGCAAUGCCAGCUCUGGUGCUGCGGCUCUCGGACCCUUCACUGGCAGAGAUCCGAAUGUCAAGAAGCCUGAGUGGCUCCGGCAGAAGGCCCCUCAGGGGCCCCGGUUUGAGGAGGUCAAAAAAUCCCUCUCCAAAAACCUCAGCACUGUGUGCGAGGAGGCCCAGUGUCCAAACAUUGGGGAGUGCUGGAACGGCGGCGGGGAUGGAAUUGCUACGGCGACCAUCAUGCUUCUCGGUGAUACGUGUACCCGCGGCUGUAGGUUUUGUGCUGUCAAAACCAGCAGGAACCCUGCCCCUCCUGAUCCUGCUGAGCCUCAAAAUACUGCUGAGGCCAUCGCUUCUUGGGGCGUGGAUUACAUUGUUUUGACCAGUGUUGAUCGCGAUGAUUUGCCUGAUGGAGGGAGUGGACACUUUGCUCGCACCGUCGUGGCUCUGAAGGAACGUAAACCUGGAAUCAUGGUUGAGUGUUUGACCUCUGAUUUUCGAGGAGACUUGGAGGCUGUGGACACCCUGGUACACUCAGGAUUGGAUGUUUUUGCCCACAAUGUUGAGACCGUGAAACGCCUUCAACGAAUUGUUAGAGAUCCUCGUGCAGGGUAUGAACAAAGCUUGACUGUUUUGAGACAUGCAAAGUCGAGCAAGGAUGGUAUGAUUACUAAAACAUCUUUAAUGCUGGGACUUGGGGAAUCUGAUGAUGAGUUGAAGGAAGCAAUGGCGGACUUAAGGGCUAUAGAUGUUGAUAUUCUAACACUCGGGCAGUACUUACAGCCUACUCCGCUACACUUAACCGUGAAGGAGUACGUGACACCCGAGAAAUUUGCAUUUUGGAAGGAAUACGGGGAGUCGAUUGGAUUCCGCUAUGUAGCGAGCGGGCCUCUGGUGAGAUCCUCUUAUAGAGCCGGGGAACUGUUUGUGAAGACAAUGGUGAGGGAUAAGGCUGGUUCAGCUGCUGCAACAUCCAUGGCAGCAUGAACAGUUGAAGAUGCACAUACAAGGAAGAUAAAAUGAAACCAGAAAAGUGUUAUACUUGUUUUUUUUUUUUAUGAAUUUCUUAGUUUUUAUUUAUUUAUUAAUAUUAUUACUGUUAUUAUCAAACCUGGAGAAGCAGAGGCUAGCGAAGAUGGUGUAUUAGUAGUUAGUACAUUGAAUUACAUGGCUACUUAACAUGAGAUCAAUGGUGUGCAACUUGAACCCUAAGAUACUAUGUUCAUUAAUCUUCAAUUAAUGUAAGUUUAUUCUCUUCAUGAAAUAAUUAAUGGAGCUAUAUGACUUAUCAAAGUUUAAUUUGGUAAAUGACUAGUUGGAUUUGUGGCGGGUAUCCUUGGACGACAAGAUAACCGGUCUCCAACUCGUAACACCUACCGUUAUACCGAAACUAUCAAUAAUAUGUAUUCAAUAUUGUUGAAAAUUUGCAAUAGUAAGCGAAUUUUCCAGCAACAUUACCUAGAAUUGUUCAAAUCAUUGUGGAUUUUCUUCAUUCAAAAAAUCUAUGUAUGAAGCAAUUCAAAAUCUCUCACCGGGUUCCAAUUUAUUAGACUCAACUCAAUACAAUCGAUUAAACCAGUCAGACCACGAGUCGUUUUGAUUACACUAGAAUUUAAUUGAAUUUUAUUGUUGAGCUGCCUGAUAUAAAAAGGAGAAUUAGUCAAGUUAUUGUAUGAACUAUGAAGUCCUUAAAAAAAAAAUUGUAUGAAC